AUGAAUCCAGAUAUUGGAAGGGCAUUUGCUAAGACUAUUGUUUGGGAUGAGAUUAAGAUGCUUGAAUAUGAUAGUCCCAUAGUAUCGUUUAUAAUAGAUUUGACUCAACCGCAGAAAGAUUUCCUACAUGUGAUUUCUGCUCCUAUAUUUAAAGAAGUAAUUCGUAUUCCUGAACAUUAUCUUAAAAAACCAUCACAAACCUUUGAGGAAUUGUUUAAUAAAUUCUAUUCGGAUAGAAAAAGAUAUCGUUAUGAUAAUUUUGCCGGAUCAUUGGCUUUUGAAUUUAGGAAGGAAGCUGAUUCAAGAAAGCCGGACUUCUGGGUUCUUAUAGAAGUAGCUAAUACUAUUCAAGAGAUACUUUAUGAAGAAAACUCUGAACAAAAAAUGGGAAUCCAACUUAUUAAUGAUAAUCUCCAAUUUUUAUUAGAUUAUGAAUCCUUGUAUGAAAAGUUAUAUAAGAUUGAGCUUUUUCUAAUGCAGGCACAUAGUUUUAUGGAAACAGUAGAAAAAAUAGGCAAUAUAGAUCAAAUUAUAAAUAGAUCACGUCAAGGACCAACAAUUCAACAUCAAGAUAAAAUUUUAUUGUUACGACAAGCAAAUAAAAAAAAUUUAGAAGCUGUCUUUCUUCAAAUGUGCAAAGAAAAAAAUUUUGGUGAAAGAGCUUCACCUGCAUAUGAUGGAAAUCUAGUAUAUUCUGUUCCUGAUCUUUGUAAUAGUUCUGAGACUAAGAAAUUUGAGGUCCAAAUUCCGACUCAAGAUGAUGUUGGUCGUCCAAAACGGUUUACUGCUAUUUUUAAAUAUUCUUGUCCUUUUGAUCUCAGAGAAAUGAGAGAAUAUAUUAAAGAAAAUAAUGACUUGCGAUGUGGACUUUCCAAUUAUGAUAUUGACGUUCUAUCAAAAAUUUUCAAAGACGUUAAUAUAACAACUACCUAUCGAGGCAGUAAUGGCUUGAAGCAAAAACAUAAAGUCAUAUCUAUUACAUACAAAUCUGCUGAUGAAGUUACUCAAGGCAGAAAUAGAACUACUGUCACUCAACAAUGUCAAAAAUAUAGUACCGAUUCUCUUACUCAGACACAAUUACAUGACAUGGUCGAUCAAACUGCUACUCCACCGAAAGAAAGAUUCGAUAAAAUUACUUUUGCAAAUAAUCAUAUUUACCAACAUUUGUUUAUACAUAGUCUGGAAGUUAUUAGAGGUGUAGGAUAA